UCAGCCUUUAAAUGCAGUGAUUUGUCAGAGCUGGAGCUGAGAGCACGGUGCUGACCCAGACUUCCUUGAGGCUCAGCGGUGUCUGCAUCACACUGCUUCGGACAGCAUGAAGGCGCUACUGAUCACCUGUCUGCUGGCGCUGUGGCUGACGGCGGCCUCGGCCCGGACGUUCGGCCCGGAGCCGCGGCUCAGACCCGGAUCUUUACCCAACGGAUACAUCAGCGAAUAUUUGAAGUCAAGGAGAGCGAGGAGGGCGCUACCUCCUGCUGAUGAGCCGGAUGCCAGCAUGGCACCGAAGGAAAGCGACAGCGGUGCCGCAGAUUUGCCCACCUGCCUGCUGUGUGUCUGCCUGUCCGGUUCUGUGUACUGUGAGGAGGUGAGUCCAGACAUGACCAGUGUCCCCCUGCUGCCCAAAGAGACCGCCUACCUGUAUGCUCGCUUCAACAAGAUCAAGAAGAUCGGGAAAAACGACUUCGGAGACACGGUGACCCUGAAGAGGAUCGACCUGACAGGAAACGUGAUCUCAGAGAUCGACGACGGCGCCUUCUCCAAGCUCACCCUGCUGGAGGAACUGUCUCUGGCCGAGAACAGACUGGUCAAACUCCCCGCCCUCCCCGCCAAGCUCACCUCCUUCAACGCCAACAGCAACUUGCUCAAAACCAAGGGCGUGAAAGCCAACGCCUUCAAGAAACUGACCGGCCUGGCCAACCUGUACCUGGCCAACAACCAGCUGGAGGCCGUCCCCUUCAUCCCAGAGAGCGUCCGCAUCCUGCAUCUACAGGACAACAACAUCACGGAGGUGAACGUAGACACCUUCUGCAAGUCCGACAACUCCUACUAUCUACGACUGAGCCUCUCUGAGGUCCGAAUGGACGGGAACCCAGUGGUGCUGUCCAAGUACCCCGACAGCUUCACCUGCAUGAAAGUUCUGCCUGUGGGCCGGUACCGCUGAGGAGAACCAAUGCCCCAAAGACUCACUCUAAAGCCUCUGCAGCAGAACGGUUCUGGUCCGGUUAGUGUUGUCACUUUAACGAGCAGCGACGGGUCCAGCUCGGCUCGGUUCCCCUCCUGACUCUAAAGAGAUUCUCUUAGACUUUAACAAUAAUAGUUCUGGACCGACAGAACCUUCAGCUUAGAUCCGGAAAAAGACCCAAAAUAAAACAGAAUUUAUAUUUAAAAAAAGGGAAAUUUAUUCUGCAUGAUGAACAUUCCCUAUUCAUCAGAGGAUCCCCGUUCACUCAUAGCAAACAGGCU